AUGUCGGAUAUAUCCUACACCAACGGCCUUGAAGCCGGCACGUCCAACUCAGCACAACAACAACAACAACAACAACAACAACAACAACAACAACAACAACAACAACAACAGCAGCAGCAGCAGCAGCAGCAGCAAUCCUUGCACCAACCUCGUCGCUCCGAGACAGGUCAGUCCGAGGGUGGAAGCUCCUACUAUUCCAACGCCUCUGAUGGCGCCGACGAGCUGCCUCGUGCUGCUGCAUCUAUGACGCUCGCAGGCUCUUCUCAAUCAUCGCCAGCUGGUCCUUCCGGCUCACAGAAUCGUCUUCAACCUCCCUCGACAUCUGUUUUAUCCGCUGCUGCUGGCGGUGCCGGCGGCGUGCCCAUGUCGCAGUCGCGUUCGCACGAACCUGCCACUGCAGCCAACGUCACUGACGAGAUUGCACAGCAACUACCACUACGCCCAUCAACGUCAUUUGCGGACAGCCUUGCUACAGACUCGCUUGGCUCACGCAGUCGCGCAGACAUGGACAGGAUCAAGAGCCGCGCCGUCGAUCCAGGUUGGAGCUGGGAAAAGGAAAAGGAAAAGUACGAUCUCGCCGGCUCCAUCCGCUCCAACAGCCUCGAGUCCAGACCUAACCUACCUUCGCGUGGCUCUUCUCGAUUUGCACCUCGUAUCGAUACGAGCAGCUUUUCCCGAUCCACCGACGCCGCUGAACCUACCUCAGCUACUCGCUCCGGGCUACUGUCCAAUGUCGCCUCGCCUCAAAACGCACAACCGCCUUCCAACGCCAUCGCGGGAAGCACGCAAGAUCGUCCAUCGCCUGUCUCCGCCGUGGCCGCACCUCUGAAUGUAGGUGCAAACACGGCUGGUGGUCCCGCGCAAUCCAGCUCACCAGCCCUCCUGCAAGACCAGCAGAAACCAUCUCAACCCUCCUCCUCUUCCUCCUCUGGCGGCACCUCGAGACGACGCGAUCAAACCUGCCAAGCGUGUAGCAAGGUCAUGACCGGCCAAUUUGUUCGAGCUCUCGGCAGCGUCUACCAUCUCGAUUGCUUCCGCUGCAAUGACUGCAACAAGGUCGUCGCCGCCAAGUUCUUCCCCGCCACCGACGACAUGGUCGACUCGUCCGGCACUGGACGUCUCUUCCCACUCUGCGAGACCGACUAUUUCCGCCGUCUUGAUCUCAUUUGCGCAAAGUGCAGCGGUGCGCUCAGAGGCAGCUACAUCACCGCUCUUGGCAAAAAGUUCCACGUCGAACACUUCACCUGUUCCGUCUGCCCCACCGUAUUUGGUCCGCAAGACAGCUACUACGAGCACGACGGUCACGUCUUCUGCCACUUCCAUUACAGUACGCGCUUCGCCAUCAAGUGCACCGGCUGCAAGACCGCCAUCCUCAAACAAUUUGUCGAGAUCAACCGCAACAACAACGACGAGCAUUGGCAUCCAGAGUGCUACAUGAUCCAUAAAUUUUGGAACAUCAAGCUCUGUCCCACCGGAUCCACCCCCAAGGAUGGCGCUCAAGCCUUGGCCGAGGUGGCUGCCGCCGACAACGACACCGACAGCCCUCAGCCCGGCCAAGGUGAAGCUGUCGAGUCCGCACCAGGUCAAGCCGCUCCUUCGCGCACUGAGCCAUCCCCCGAUGCCACCGAAAUCGAGGCUUCGGAGACGCCCUCAAGCCUCAAGCACAAGCAGAAGCAGAUGGAGGAGCGUGUCUACCGCAUCUGGACCGUGCUUUCUGCUUUCGAAGAGAGCUCGGCAGCGUGCAUCUCCGAAAUGCUUCGCCACGUCAGCAGCGGUCGCUAUCUUGGCGGUGUCCGCAUGGCUGAAAAGUUCAUCCUGCAUGUCGAAAUUCUCUUCUCUGCCAUCGACGACUUGGAAGCCAAUUUCCGCAAGGAGGAGGCCAAAGGCAUCUCGCACAUCCGUGAAGCUAGGAUGCUGUGCAAGAAGAUCGUCAACUUCUUCUCCUUGCUCUCGCACACCCAGGAAACGGGUGCUAGGAGGAUGGGCAUCACGCAGGAGCUCCUGUCUCUCGUCACAGGUCUCGCGCACUACCUCAAGAUUCUGAUCCGCAUCGCUCUCACGGGCGCUCUGAAGCUCGACCGCGAAUACGGCAACGAAGAGGCAUUGCACUGGUUCUUGAGCCAAUUGGCCUUCUCCGCCAAACUCGGCAGCAUCACGGCCGACGACAAGCAAGGCACGCAGCCACCCAACACCAACACUGUCGGCCCUGAUGGAAAGUGGUACGGUUACCGUUCUCUGCCUCGCUCCACCAGCUCCGGUUCCAGCGAGAACGGCGAGGCAGCUACCGAUCUCUGCGUUGCGUGCGGAUCGACUGUAGAGGAAGAGUGUCUACGCAUGGGCGUCAAUCUGCGAUGGCAUUCGAAUUGUCUCAAAUGUUCGACGUGCCAGCGACCGGCUUUGCGCGAAGGCGCGUCAACGAAAAAGCAACCCGAGCCAGUUCCAGGCGCACCCGAGCCAUUGCCAGCCUCGCAUUACGGCCUCGAGUCAAAGCGCAGGCAGGCGGAUGGCAGCGUUAGCAGUCAGAACGGGUCGCGUUCGGUGUCGUCCACCUCUUGGUCGCACGCGUGCUUCUGCCCCAAUUGUGCAGGCGGCAGACAGCUGCGCUCGGGCUUCGAGGCGGUUACCAGGCUGGAACAGUAUGCCUUCCUGCUGCGUGUCGCUCUCAAUCGACUCUUUGCGCUGUUGCGCAAGCGAGGUGUUGUUCCGCCAUCGCCGACAGUGACGGCAUCACGCCAACUGGGCGAAGCGGACGCUUCGACGUCGAGCGCGAUCACGCCAGCCGAUGCGGACCAAGAAGUGUCGAUGCACGAGGCGUACCGGGACUCGCAGGAUAUAAAGCGCAUGAAGUCGGUCAAUCUCAAUCGCAAGUUGUCGACCAAAGCCAGGGUGCCGCGCAUCUCUACUGUGGUGGGUAGUCCUUCGGGACGCCAAACGACGACGUCGGACAUGCAGCGGCCUUCUCCCUCAGACUCGAAUCUACAGACCGACAGCAGGCAUUCGCCACGCUACGCUAGUCCCGGCUCGUCGCCAAGGGAGCCCAGCUCACCCUUCCAGCGUGAAGGCGGAUCAUCUCGAGAGCCUUCACCGUCGAGUCGCCCACGACAAGCACAGCAGCAGCAGGGUUAUCAGCAGCAGCAGCAGCAGCAGCAGCAGCAACAGCAACAGCAACAGCAACAGCAACAGCAACAGCAACAGCAGCCGCACAAACAGCAGCAAGUGUUCCAACCGGUGCAGCAGCAUUUGCCGUUUGCGCUCCCUCCUCAGCAGCAGCCUCCGCAGCUUGGUGUUGGUGCUGCAGGACGUUCCGGAUCGCCCUCAGCCAUGGAACUUGGCUCGAUCGUGCCUAUUCGACCGGCUUUUGCACGCCACAACACCGAUGUCAAGAUUCGCGAGGAUGGGCCCAUGCGACAGCCUUCAGGUGACGAAAUGCUGCGCGACACGAGGAGCGAGGACGGCAUCACCCUCGCCGACAUUCCGCACAUCUUGGAGGCGGAACAGGCGCGAGAACAACAUCGACCGCUGCCAAGCGAAGGUGCGCGCUGCAUCUCGGAGCUAUCUGCUCUGGAGCUGUUCAUCGUCAAGCACAUGGCUGUGAUGUACUUACAGCAGUCGGCAUUGCGAGACCACGUCAACCUGGACGAUCUGAUCGAAUUUAUCGAGACGCGAAAGAACACGUUCUGGGGCAAGAUCUUCAAAGGUGGCAAGGACAAAAAGGAGAUCAAGAAAAAGGGUGUGUUUGGCAUCCCACUCGAGAUCCUCGUCGAGCGCAACGGUGCCGAUUCGACGUUGGGUGCCAGCGCAGCGCAUUUGCGCGUGCCUUCGUUCAUCGACGAUGUCAUCUCGGCCAUGAAGCAGAUGGAUUUGUCGGUCGAGGGUAUCUUCCGCAAGAACGGCAACAUCCGUCGACUCAAGGAGCUCUCGGAAGCGCUGGAUCGUGAUAGUUCGUCGGUGAAUUUGCUAGACGACAAUCCGGUGCAGCUGGCCGCGCUUCUCAAGAAAUUCUUGCGCGAAUUGCCGGAUCCGCUCAUGACAUUCAAGCUGCACAAGCUGUUUGUCAUGUCGCAGAAGCUCGAGUCCGAGGUGGAGCGCCAUCGCAUCCUGCACAUGGUGACGAUCUUGCUGCCCAAGGGCCACCGCGAUACUAUGGAGGUGCUGUUCGCUUUCCUCAAGUGGGUGGCGUCGUUUUCGCACAUUGACGAAGAGACGGGCAGCAAGAUGGACCUGCCCAACUUGGCGACGGUGAUCUGUCCGAACAUCUUGUACAGCAAGGGCACGGAUCCGACCAAGGACGAGACGUUUUUGGCGAAUCGGGCGGUGUCGUACCUGCUCGAGCAUCAAGAUGAGAUCUGGAAGGUACCGGAGGAGCUCGAAGCUGUGUUGCAGGAUAAGGAUCUGAUGAGCGCUUCUGCGGAUCUUACGUCGCGCGAUAUCUUGAAGAAGUGCGAAAAGUACGCGAGGCUGCGCCAGCAGCAGCGUAGUGGUGUGGGUAUGGGACGCAACGGCAGUGGUGCUGGGGGACCGCUUCACUCGGGAGAAUUGCAUAACCGACAUCGACCGGACGUGCACCCGCCCACAACGAUGCGUCAGGUGCAGCAGCGCGAACAGAUGAUGCUCCAGCAACAAGCGGGCCACAGGCAGUAUUCGAGCGGCAAUGGUGCGUCGACGCCGCUGGGCACCGAGUUCUCACGUAGCCCGGAUAAGCAGGGUCCGUGGUCCGCAGGUGCGGUGCCACCGCCGGCGGGGUUCAGCAUGAGUCCGACCGACCGUGCACCGCUGAGCAGCCAGACGAACACUCCGCAGAAACUUGGCACCUCAGCCCAGGCGAAUGGAGGUUUCUAUCAAGGUCAAGGCUUUGCUCAGCAGCAUCAGCAUGUGAUGCGCUCUCAGCCCAGUGGUGGGUUCCAAUCGCAGAACUACGGCUAUUCGCCGCCGCCACAGCAGCAGCAGCAACAGUCGACAUCGCACGAUCCAGCAUAUACUCGAUUCUACCGCAACCCGAAUGGUAGCGGCGCCAGCGCUGUCGAGCAAAACUCUUCUUAG